CAAAGCACAGUUCGACGAUUAUACUAUUUUCGCAUCCGAUGUGUUAACAACACUACCGGUUUCUAUUCUCAGAAUUCGGUGUUAUUGUUUUUGUUGUAGAGAUGUGCACUGAUUUGGAUUUGAACGUCUUAGACUGGGAUUUCUUGCAAAAUUUAAAUUAUACAGACUUCGACAUGGAUAUUAUAGAUGGAAUAAUAAACGAAAUUCAAAAUCCCCAUCCUAAACCAAUGGAUCAGUGGGAAAACCAAGAAGUAUUAGACUUUAUCUUAAGGGAAAUUUCCAUGAAGUUCACAGAUGUGAACCACAACCACCUCGAACGUUUUCGAUGUAUAUCUGGCUUCAUUUUUAAAAAUUUGUCAGAAGAGAAUUGCAAGCUGUUAUCGAAUUCUCAAUACAUAGGGGAAAUGAUUUUCGAUGCAAAAGAAAAAUAUGUUCGAUGCCAUCCGACAGAAUGUUUUAUCGACGGCAAUAAUUACUUCCAUGAGGCCAACAAUGAAAACUCUUCAGUUUUCAGUAAUUUUAGUAAAGUACCUUCGACUAGUGAAAGUCUUGAUACUUUAUCAAGAUCCAGCAAGAAACCAGGGCGGCCUAGAUGCAAACCCUUUUCAGAUAAAAAUGGGAAGCGAUCAGAAAAACUUUGGGAAUUCCUACUGCAUCUGUUACGCGAUAAUAAAACCUGUCCACAACUCAUAAAGUGGGAAAAUUUUGAAGAAGGGACGUUCAAGUUCGUCCAAAGUAAUAAAGUUGCCCGUUUGUGGGGAAACAGAAAGAAAAAUGAAAAUAUGACGUACGAGAAAUUCAGUAGGGCCAUGAGAUACUACUACAAAAGUAAAGUACUAUUACCUGUUCCUGGAAAACGGCUCGUGUAUAAAUUUGGACCUCAAGCCAAAGGGUGGAAAAAUGUAAUUCCAAUCAGUUAAACAUUAAUAUUUACUCAAUUAUCUAUAGGUUUAUUUAAAUAUAGUUAAGCAUUAUCAGUGUUUUAUAAGUUUUACAUUGUAAGUUUUAUAAUAAAAAAUCUCAUGAA